AUGGCCUCCUUCCUACGCCUUCCAUCGCGCCUACGCGCGCCAAUGUCCUCCUUCCCUCUCCGUCGCAAUGCAAUCAAUUCCUUCAACCAACGAGCCUCCGUCCACGAUACGUCGCAGAAAUUCUCUCAAGCCAACGAACACGAUCUGCAAGAGGGAUGCGACCUUGGAAGCACUCCCAACCACCCGAUUCCCUCGAACAAAGCCCACCCGACUCUCCGCGACGGCAGACAGUCCAAUCUAGCGGAUAUGGAGGGCAAGAGGCACGAGGAUCUCCCGGAAGACGUGAGGAAACAUAACGAGGAAAUGGAGCAUCGAUAUGAUCGGACGUAUAGCCAUAUUGCGGACGAGGGGAAGGUGGAGAAGGCGUUUGAGAAGAAAUAA